AAGACUGUUGGUAAGACUGUCAGACUGAACUGCAGUAAGAGCACAAUCAUAAUGAGAAGUCGUAGCAAUUCCGGAGUAAAGCUUGAUAACUAUGCCAGAAUGUUACAACAGACAAUCCUCUGCCAUCAGGAUCCGGUGACAGGGUUACUUCCAGGUGAUGAGAAGUUACCUCAUGCCUGGGUCAGAGACAAUGUCUACUGCAUCCUGUCUGUGUGGGCUUUAAGUCUGGCCUAUAGGAAGAACGCAGACAGAGAUGAAGAUAAAGCCAAAGCCUAUGAACUGGAGCAGAGUGUGGUGAAACUCAUGUGAGGUUUACUGCAAUGUAUGACGAGACAGCUUGACAAGGUGGAAAAAUUCAAGUACAGCAAAAGUGCUUCAGACUGCCUUCAUGCCAAGUAUCACACAGGGACCGGUGCAACUGUAGUGGGUGAUCAGGAAUGGGGUCAUCUACAGGUGGAUGCCACCUCUAUCUUUCUGCUCUUCUUAGCCCAAAUGACAGCAUCAGGUCUUCACAUUGUAUAUACGCGUGAUGAGGUUGACAUUGUUCAGAAUCUGAUUUUUUAUAUCGAAUCUGCCUACAAAGUGGCGGAUUUUGGAAUGUGGGAACGAGGAGACAAAACGAAUCAGGGCAUCCCUGAGAUCAACGUCAGUUCAAUCGGCAUGGCAAAGGCAGCUUUGGAAGCUUUGGAUGGACUGAAUCUUUUCGGUGCCAAAGGGGGUCCAGAGUCUGUUGUGCACGCUUUAGCCGAUGACAUUCAUCACUGCCAAUCUAUUCUGAGCUCCAUGCUUCCAAGGGCAUCCAUGUCUAAAGAGGUGGACGCUGGGGUCCUGUCCAUCAUUUCUUACCCGGCUUUUGCCGUUGAGGACAUUGACAUUGUUAAUAUCAGCAAGGAGGAAAUCAUUUCAAAACUUCAGGGCAGAUAUGGAUGCUGUCGCUUCCUUAGGGAUGGACACAAAACUCCUCGAGAGGACCCCAAUCGAUUAUACUACGAAUCAUCCGAGCUAAAGCUCUUUGAGAACAUAGAGUGUGAAUGGCCACUGUUCUGGACGUACCUCAUACUGGAUGGCAUCUUUAUCAACAGCCCUGAACAGGUUGAAGAAUACAGGGAUGCUUUAGAUGGCAUUCUCAUCAAAGGAAAGGAUGGAUUACGUCUGGUCCCUGAGCUUUAUAGCGUUCCUCCAGAUAAGGUUGAUGAAGAGUAUGUUAACGCACACACGGUUGAGAGAGUGCCAAUAGGCAAGUGUCCUCUUAAAUGGGGCCAGUCUCUGUACAUAUUGGGCAACCUGCUGGCAGAGGGUCUUCUAGCACCUGGAGAAGUUGAUCCUCUCAACAGACGUCUCUCUACUGUUCCCAAGCCUGAUGUUGUUGUUCAAAUGUCUAUUCUGGCAGAAAAUGAGGAGAUUAAACAGCUUUUGCAGAGCCAUGGCAUAGAUUCAGAAACCCUGGAAGACGUUCAUCCAAUCAGAGUUCAGCCCUCUAGAGUUCUCAGUCACAUCUAUGCCAGACUGGGGCGUAACCAAAGACUGGGUCUGACGGGGAGGCCCUACCGCCGGAUCGGCGUGCUGGGAACAUCCAAAUUCUAUAUUAUUCGCAACACCAUCUUCACCUUCACACCUCAGUUUGUAGAUCAUCAUGAAUUUUAUCUGGCUCUGGACAAUCACAUGAUUGUGGAGAUGCUCCGUAUCGACCUCUUCUACCUCUGUUCACGCUGGAGGAUGACAGGCCAACCCACAGUGACCUUCCCGAUUUCACACGACAUGCUUACCAAUGAUCACAAAGACAUCGAGCCUGCUGUUCUGGCCACCCUGAAAAAACUCCAAGAGGGUUACUUUGCUGGAGCCAGGGUUAAGACUGGGAAACUUUCUGCUUUUCUUGACACCUCCUGUUGUGCACAUCUUACAUUUAUGGACUGUGAGGUGGAUGAUCUGGCCGUGUAUCUGGACCAGCUUCUGGCUGUUCCUCAGCACAGCUUCAUUAGUGACACUAAAGGAGGUCUGAACCGCUUCAGGGCCGCAGCCAGAAAGACUUGUGAGAUGGUGUCACUGGUCCACAAAACCAGAGAUCUCAACAUACACAAUGUGCACAUGUAUCUUCCUACAAAACUCUUCAGGUCUCCAGCACCAAACCUUUACUUGGUGGAAAACAAAGGCCACGUUCCUGAGACACAGGCCACACAUCCUACGAAUCUUCCCAGAGACAUGAAUGGAGGGAUUGACUAUCCAGCCCUUGUGCAAAUGCUGAAACAAAGCCAAAACUUACAGGAUCAAGCUGACAUUCUUUAUAUAUUGUUCAAAGACAAGGGAAUGGACUGGGACACCAAGCUACAUGGGAAGGGUUCGACGGUACGAUGCCUCCUGAGCAACUUGUAUGAAAAGGCAGGAACCCUGAAACACUGGGGUCUUAUACGAAUGAUCUGUGGGAUGCUUCGCAAGAAAGUCGAAGAGCUGGAUGCUGCUUGUUCAGAUUUGCUCAUUCAUCAGAAACAUCUAACAGUUGGACUUCCUCCUGAUCCAAGAGAGAAAACUAUAUCAGCCCCCAUGCCUCCAGAUAAACUGGCAUGGCUUAUUGAUGAAGCCAGUGAGAACAACCUCACCGUUGCUAUUCUCUCUCAGGAGAUAAUGGUGUUUCUAGCCAUGAGCAUUCGUAUCCAGCCCAAACUCUUCAGCGAGAUGUUCCGCCUCAGGAUUGGCCUCAUUCUUCAGGUCAUGGUCACCGAGCUCGCCCAGUCCCUUAACUGUACAGGCGAGGAGGCUACAGAGAGUUUGAUAAACAUGAGCCCGUCUGAGCUGAAGAACUUUCUACUUCACAUUCUGAGCGGCAAAGAGUUUGCCGUUCAAAAAAGUGUGCGCUCAACAGGCAAUGUGAUCAGCUCUGCUAUCAGCGUCUAUGACAAGAGCAAAUCUUCAUCCACCAAAACUGAACUGAGAGUCACGAGUAAACAGGGGGGUUAUAUCAAACUGCCUGUAUCAGUCCAUUCCCUGGAUAUUGAAAAUAUUGAAUCAGGGAGGUACAGACUUCCAUGCAUUGAGUCAUUUCAGGGCUCAUUAGGAGCUACUGUAGUGCGUGACAGCAGACACGGGCAGUGGCUUCGUCGCAGACGUCUAGAUGGAGCUCUCAACAAAGUCCCUGUUGGUUUCUAUCAGAACGUCUGGAAGGUUUUGCAGAAGUGUCAUGGGCUGUCUAUUGAAGGCUGUGUACUUCCCUCCUCAACCACAAGAGAGAUGACUCCAGGUGAAAUAAAGUUUGCUGUGCAAGUGGAAACGGUGCUGAACCUCGUUCCCCAGCCGGAAUACCGCCAGUUGUUGGUGGAGGCCAUACUUGUAUUGACCAUGUUGGCUGAGAUGGACAUCCAAAGUGUGGGUGGUGUCAUUCAGGUGGAGAGGAUUGUACAAAUGGCCAGUGACAUGUUCUACAAUGAUCAGAAAGCAGCAGGAGCUGAAAAGGUUCUGCUGGAGAGAGAUCAUUCCACUGGUAUCUGCAGGUUACUCUAUGACAGCGCCCCUAGUGGUCGUUUUGGAAGCAUGACCUAUCUUUCUAAAGCAGUGGCUACAUAUAUUGAGGACUUUCUUCCUAGUGGAGCUUGUGCUCUUCAGUGAAGCUCCGAGUUUAAAACGAAUUAGAAGACUUUAAUCUACUAGUUAAUGAGAGAAGGUAAUUAUUGUUUUUAUAGAUUUUUUUAGAAGUGUUAAGGUUUUGAAAGAGCCUAGUUAAAGGCCAAGUGUGUCAUUUUUUGCUCCACUAGCAUUAUUAAGCCAAACUGCAAAAAUAAUUUACAAACAGGUGUGUACAGUGCCCUUUAACACCCAGUCUACACAUGACGCAACUUGACAAAAGACAACAGAACACAUUGGAACCCAUCAUAUUAUUUGUCCACAAUGGAUGCGACGCGAUGUGAUACGACAAAUGCAUAAAGAACAAGGCACUUGUCGUGUCGCACCACAUCGCAUAGCGUCCAGCAUAGACACACUCUGACAGUGCAUCUAUUAACCAUAGAGUGCUGCAGUUAUGAUGUAGUUUUUCUAGGACAAAACACAGAAUUUUUUUCGCACUUCUGGUCGCCUCAUUAUAGGUUUUUGGUUUAACUGCUUAAAAUAAAGUCUUUGUUUUAAACAAACUCAAGAUAUUUUUUUACAUUUCGUUGUAUGCCAUAAAAAACAGUAGUACCUCACUCAUAAUUUGUUACUCAAUUUAAAGGCGGUCGCUAGCAGGUUGUUACAUGGGACUACAUACUAUGCUUGAGACAUUAAAUGUAAUCAUGCAUACAAUGUUUGAAAAUUUUUACCCAAGCUGUCACUGGGAUAUUACCCUUUAAAAGUCCUAAUAUGUACCAUUUAGGUAAAGAUAUGUACUGUAUAUAUUUAGUACCAACAUCUGAUGUACUAAUAUACACAAAGGUGUAAUUUCUUAAAGGACCAGUCAGUAAAAUCUAGUGGAGAGGCUGCGAAUUGCAACCAACGGCUCACUUCACCCCUCCCCCCUACCUUUCGGAGCACUACGGAGGCUGACACACCAUGGCGACUUGCAUGCCAUGUCGAGUUCAUUUAUAGACUAAUGUUAACUUUUUAUUUCUGGUGAUUAUUAUCAUUUCAUAAUUCAUAGUAGUCACAAAGGGAUAGUCUGUCAUUUACCUGUAUAAAUUACUUUUUUCUGAUGAACACAAAUAAAGACCAUUUCCAUACAGAACUAUACUGCUGUAUUUUACUUUAAUCCAAACAGCCAUACCUUACCAUACCUGAAUGAGGCAUUACAAGUCAUGUAGAAACAAAUUUAACUUUUAAGGUGAAAUCCAAAAUGUUGGGGGACGAGACACAUGUACGAAAAGUAACCUAUACACAUUUCUUCAAAACUCAAGAAUUCGGGACGUCGGCCGCUGGGGCACAAUCAACAUUGACAGUGGUCAAUUCGAAACACUAUUCAGGCAAUGUGCAUACAAAACCGUGGCUUGGUUCAGACAUUAUAAACAUUGAUUCAAGUGUGCACAAUUACAACAAUCACUUUCCAAAGGGGGAGGGAGGGGAGGGGCUUGACAUCAUGACAACGUUUCAUUCCACUGCAAUUCACUGUACACUAUCAUUCCGUUUGCAUCAGCCAGUGACAUCAUCAAAGAGGGCUGCCUAAAAACACUAAAUUUUGACACUUAAAAAUGAAAGGGAAUAUGUAAAAUGACAUAGGACGUGUGAUUCUGGAC